UUUACAUUCGUUGAAUCCACCUGAAUCUUCAGCCUGACAAUCUGAUUUUAUUAUAUCGGGAAAUUAUUUUCGGCGAUAAUGAAUAUCUUACCAAAGAAAAGGUGGCAUGUACGAACGAAGGAGAACAUCGCUCGUGUGCGGAAAGACGAGGCAAAAGCUGCGGAGGAAGAGAGGAUUAGGAAAGAGCGAGCUCAGAAAGCGGAAACAGAAGCAAGAGUAGAUUUGUUGAGACAUCGAGCGAGAACCAAUUACGACGGCCGGGCGGAGACCGAGACCACCAGUACCAGCAAGAAGUUAGAACACGUCAACUUCUUUGCGGAGCUCGAAGAUGGAAAAAUUGAUUACAAUAGACCUAACGUGGAACACGAGAAGGAAAAGAAGGAAGAGAAAGAGAAAUAUGAGAAGCAGAUUGGAUAUUUGACGUAUCUAGGGCAAGAUACUAACGAAGCAACUGGGAAGAAAAAUUGGUAUGAGGAAUUACCAAAGAGAUUAACGGAUACUGAGAAAGAUGUAGAAUUAGAAACGAAAAAGAAAGCCUUGAACGAUCCAAUGGUUGAUAUAAGGAAGUAUCUCAAGAUCAUGCAUUCUAAAUCUGCCGAAGAUCAUGUAAAAGUAAAAACGGAGGCUGUUAAGAGAAAAUGUGAUUCUGAUGGUUCUCACUCCGAUCGUGAAAGUCACAGCACGCACAAAAAGUGUAAGGAUAAAAAACACAAGAAGAAAAAACAUAAACAUUCAGAGAAGAAAGAAGUUAGGAGCCAGACUAGUACAGAUGUAGAAAAAUUAAGAGCGGAGAGAUUACUCAGGGAGCAAAGUGAAAAGCUGAGAACUGAAGCACUAUUGGCCAAAGUGAGAGGUGAACCAGUGCCCGUCGUCGCACCGGAAACUCCUAAACCUACCAUAAAACAGAAAUACAACUCGCAAUUCUUCCCCGAAAUUGCUAGACAAAAUGCAGAGAGAACGCCCAAGUAUCCUAGACAUGGUAUAGCAAGCCCUUAAAAUACAUUAUUUCCUAUAUCUUAUCUCAAAAGAUUGUAAUUAUAAUCUUGUUUCUAUAUUAACAUGUAAUAAUAUAUAUAAUAUGUAUAGAAAAUUGUUAAAAUUUAUAUAUUGUAUAAACUGUUCAGAGAAGGCAACAGAAGGCUAUUUUGGUUUCCUAGAAGUCAUUUAUAAAAAGAAAUCUGAAAACAGAAAAAAGACCUCUAGACCUGUGUAAUUUUUUGAUAGACAACAAUCAUAGAACUCUUUUUAGAAUGAUCAACAUAGGAGGACCUCAUAUGCCUGAAGACAAAAAUAAGCUAUUACACUUGUACAAACAUCAUGAUGUAAAUUGUAAAUAAUUAAACAGCCUCGAGUUUUCGUAAAAGCUAGA